AUGUUCCAUUUGUCAAAGCUUCAAGAAAGAGGAGAUGGGAAGCCAAAUGUUGGAAGUGCCAAAAUUCCUAUGUUUACCAUCAGCAGUGUUGCUCAGUUGGAAGCCUUGACUAGAAAGUUGGUUGAUGAGCAGAGAUUCAAAUUGGCAUGCCAAGCUUUUUCCAGGGACAAGGAAAUAAAUGAAUGA